AUGUUUGAACAAUCUGUAUCUUUUAUACCCUCAAUUUGGGCUUCCAUGAACAGUUGGUUCACUCCCACCGUUCUUUUUUUGUUCCUCAACCUCAUGAUUGGAACCAUUUUCAUCACUACUAGUUUGGCUAAUUCCCACAAAGGCAAUGACCUACACAAACAACAAGACCACCCACAACCCCACCAACUCGCUAGAUCUCCAUCUGUGUUGCAAAGACUCAAAUCUAUCAACUUUUACACUUACAGAUCCCCCGAACCCAACACCAACUUCACUCAGACUCCAGGUAUGGACUCCCAUUUCACUUAUCAUAAUCUCACUCGUGAACCUGAGCAACACCAGCAUCAACCACCUCAGUCCACUACUGGAUCUCCUUUGUUACAGAGGCUGAAGUCCAUUAACCUCUACAACUAUUUGUCUCAAGAAUCCUCUCCUUCGCCCAAAACCCAAGAAGAAGAUACCCAUCAACAAGAAAAUGUGCAUCACCAAGAACCACAAGAAGAAGGAGGAAAUGAAGGAGACGAGUACAUUGAAAAUGAAGAAGAGAGUCCUGAUCUUGAUGAGGUAUAUGGACAAACGAAGGGCAGCCACGUAAGCAGAACCAAAUCUGAUACCAAACCAGUGGGGGGAGAGAUACCGAAGAAGCUACCAAAGAAAAUGAAGAAGUCUGCGAGUGCAAAGUCUGCCUUUUCUCACUUUGAAGAAGAAGAUAUUGUCGAGACUCGCAGGCCUGCAACUACUAAAGAAGGAAAAGCUAAAGUGACACAAGUGGUUGAUGAUGAAGUGGAUGCUAAAGCUGAUGAUUUUAUCUACAAGUUUAAGCAGCAGUUGAAGUUGCAGAGGAUUGAUUCCAUUAUAAGGUACAAGGAGAUGAUCACUAGAGGAAGUGAAAAUUAAACUAGCUAUGGCUUGGUUAUGUGAGGGUGGGUUUUGUUAAUUAAUUUUUUUGUUUAAAUUAAAAUUUCAGGAGUUUAUUUCUUGGGAUGUAACUGCAGAUCUACUGCUUAUGUUGAUGAACAUUUUGUUCAAAAUUAUGCCACUGCUAUUUCUAGUCUCAUUUCU